AUGGCUACCGAGUCGUCAACAGUGCCGCCGCCGCUGCGCAUCGUGAUCUGCCCGUGGCUCGCGUUCGGCCACAUGCUCCCGUACCUGGAGCUCGCCGAGCGCCUGGCGUCGCGUGGCCACCGCGUGUCCUACGUCUCCACGCCCAGGAACCUCGCGCGCCUGCCGCCGCGGCGCCACGCCGUGGACCUCGUGGCGCUCCAGCUCCCACGGGUGGAGGGCCUCCCCGAGGGCGCCGAGUCCACCAACGACGUCCCCGGCGACAGGCUCGAGCUGCUCUGGGAGGCCUUCGACGGCCUCGCCGCGCCGUUCACGGAGUUCCUGAGCGCCGCGUGCGCCGGUGACGAGGUGAGCCGGCCGGACUGGAUCUUGGUCGACACGUUCCACCACUGGGCGCCCGCCGUCGCCGUGGAGCACAGGGUGCCGUGCGCGAUGCUCCAGCCCAGCGCGGCCACGAUAGCGGCGUGCGCGUGCGGGGCGAGGGACCGCACGGAUCCCGCCGCGGCCUCCAUAUUCGAGCACCUCACCACCGUGGAGGAGCCACCGGCGGGCAUGCCGCGCUACGAGUGGGAUGGGGACGCGGCGUUGUUCACACAUGUCGGCACGUCAGGUAUGUCGAUCGCCCGGCGCAUCACCUUGACGCUGGAGGGGUGCGCGAUCACCGCCAUGCGGAGCUGCCCCGAGUGGGAGCUCCACGCCUUCUCGCAUGCCGCCGCGCUCCUCGGCAAGCCACUCCUCCCACUCGGCCUCCUGCCGCCAUCGCCGGACGGAGGCCGCGGAGCCGGCAUGAACAGAGACGACGCCACCGUGAGGUGGCUGGACGCGCAGCCACCCAAGUCGGUCGUCUACGUCGCGCUGGGCAGCGAGGUGCCGCUGCGCGUGGAGCUGGUCCACGAGCUGGCUCAUGGGCUCGAGCUCGCCGGAACGCGAUUCCUCUGGGCGCUGAGGAAGCCCAGGGGCGUUCCUGACGCUGAUGUCCUCCCUCCGGGCUUCCUGGAGCGUACGCACGGCCUUGGCAUGGUGACCACGAGCUGGGUGCCGCAGAAUACCAUACUGGCGCAUGGCGCCGUGGGCGCGUUCUUGACGCACUGUGGACGGAACUCGCUCACCGAAGGGCUUCUGUAUGGGCACCCUCUGAUCAUGCUACCGAUCUUCGCCGACCAAGGUCCAAAUGCGCGUCUCAUGGCAGGGAGGAAGAUUUAG